ACAACUAUUAAUUGAACAACAUAGUUUGGCGCGCCUAAUAUAGGCUUUAACUUUUUAUUUAAAAAUGUUUUCGCCUAGCAAGAAAAUCAAUCGUUCGGAUGACUAUGAAUUUCCUUUUACCCCAUACAAUAUACAGCAAGAGCUAAUGGACGCAGUGUAUGACACCUUGACAAACAAGUCCAUAGGAAUAUUUGAGAGUCCAACAGGAACAGGGAAAUCUUUAACAUUGACUUGUUCGGUCUUGCGAUGGAUCGAGGAUCGUGAGCUAAUGGUACGGAGAGAAUUGAUGGAGCGCAUUUCUAAUAUGGAGCAGGAUCUUAAGCGCAUAAAUGACAGUGUGGAUGUGGCAAAAGAUUGGUUAUCUGUUAGUUACGCAGCAACAGAGAAAAAAAGAGAAUUGGGCGAAUUACAACGAUUACAAAAAUUGGUCCGGGUAUACGAUGAACGAUUAAAAGAAAUCUGUGAACGUCAAGCAGAAAUAUUUAAAGCGAGGAAAAUCCAUAAUAAUAAAUUGGAGCUAACUAAUGAAACUAAUGCAACUCCCGAUAAUUAUCUAACAAACUCAGUAGAUUGGAAUGAAAUCACAGGAACUGAUGAUGUACCAGAUAUAGAAAAUGAGCCAGAAGAAGAGGAUAAAUAUCGGCCCAUUCAGAUAUUUUUCUGCAGUCGUACACACUCGCAACUGGCUCAAGUUGUAAGAGAAGUGAAACGCACACCAUAUGGCAAACGAAUAAGAUGUAUAUCCUUAGCAUCACGGCAACAAUUAUGCAUAAAUCCACAAGUAAAGCACUUGGGUAGUCUGAGCGUCAUCAACGAACGGUGUCUAGACUUGGCACCGAAAAAUAAAGAUGGUAAAGAAAAUGUACCUUCCAAAUGUUGUAAAUACCGCAAAGCAAGUUUGAUGCAGAAUCUAAACGAAAGUGCCUUGCUUAAGAUAAUGGACAUAGAAGAAUUAGUCGCGGAAGGUGAAUCUUUAAAUGCAUGUCCCUAUUACGCAGCAAGAGAAGCUGCAAAAUCGGCACAACUUGUGAUGCUUUCAUAUCAAAUGCUUUUGCAUCGACGCACGCGACAGCAGGCAGGCAUUGAUUUGCGAGGGGCGAUCGUAAUAAUAGAUGAAGCGCACAAUUUGCUGGACACAAUUGCUCACUUACAUAGCUGUGAAUUGAAUUUACAUAGUUUAAUAUUAUUACAACAACAGCUCAGUGCAUAUAAAAAGCGUUAUAUAAAACGUUUCAGUUCGACAAGUUUGCUCAAUAUCAACCAAUUGAUAUUCAUAGUAAAACGGCUUUUAAAACUUCUUCAAACUAGUGCACCAAUAUUUAGAGUUCUACGCACGUAUGAACUCACCGCUGAAGGUGAAUUCUACAACAUCGAUUUAUAUGGGUUACUCAAAUUUUGUGAUCAAUCUCGAUUAGCACAAAAACUUCAGGGCUUUGCUGAAAAUCCGAUUAAUUAUACAAAAACAAAAGAGCAAGAACUCACGGAGGGAUCUGCUACAAAACAACUACUCAAACAAAUCGAGAUUUUACAAAAGAACAAUAAAUCUAGUCCUGAAAAAAUAGAUGGCAUAAACACAAAUCAUACAGAAUGCGACAUAGAUAAAGUAUCAAUUAGUGCUCCGUUUCGUUCCUUUUUAGCCGUUAUGGAAGCUCUAACUGAGAAUGCUGAAGAUGGUCGUAUCAUCAUACAUGUCGAUGAAAAAGAUGGCUUAAAAAACAUUACGAUGAAGUACAUUUUACUAAAUCCAGGCGCACACUUUGCAGAUGUUAUUCGAGAUGCCCGAGCAAUAAUUGUCGCUGGAGGUACGAUGCAACCAACCAGAGAAUUGACGGAGCAAUUAUUUCGUACAUGCCCAAAUCGAGUACGUGAGCACUUCUAUGACCACGUAGUACCCGCUGAUGCAGUAUUACCGCUUGUGAUUAAACAAGGACCAACAGGUCGACGCCUUUGUUUUAAUUAUACUGAACGCAAUAGUACAGAAAUGCUCACGGAACUCGGCAUGAUUAUUCAAAACGUUUGUAGUGUGGUACCAGCAGGCAUUGUGUGCUUUUUUCCAUCCUAUGACUAUCUCGAUUUGGUGUACAAUCAUUUGAACAAAUGCGGUAUAUUGGAGAGAAUAUCUUUGAAAAAACGAAUAUUUUCAGAGACACGUACGGGUGCGACGAGAGGCUCGUCCGUAGAAAAGCUACUGACUGAUUACAGUGCGGCAAUAAAGUCUAGUAGUACUGGUGGAGCUGUACUUUUUAGUGUUGUCGGCGGAAAACUAAGUGAAGGGCUUAAUUUUGCCGACGAUCUGGGGAGAUGUGUUAUUGUAAUUGGCAUGCCUUAUCCGAAUCGACAAUCAAUAGAGUUACAAGAGCGAAUGCGGUAUCUAGAUGAGACACUUGGAGCAGGUGCCGGUAAUGAAUAUUACGAAAAUCUCUGUUUAAAAGCUGUUAAUCAAUGCAUUGGAAGAUCUGUACGACAUAUCAAUGAUUAUGCUUGUGUUUUACUUGUGGACGAACGUUACUGCAGAGAAAGUGUACAGGCAAAGUUGCCGCAUUGGAUAACUCGGAGUUUGCUUGUACCGAAAACAUUUGGAGCAGUACAAGCGGCGACUGCAAGGUUCUUCAAAGAAAAAAGUAGAAAAUAACUUUAUCUGUAUAAUAUUGAAAUGCAUUAAAUUAAAGCAUUUGGCUCAAUUAAUUUAUUAAUUCAGACUGAAAUUUCCAAUAUUUUAAAAACCAUGUGCUCGGUGCAUAAUACUCCUAAAUUAAGCUAUUUUCUAGUGUAUAGUAUUUAAGUGAAAUAGUAUUUGUUUUUAACGCUUUUGGAUUACGCUUCAUAAGUUGUACGUAAUAUUUCAAAAUAAGUGUGAUGAGCUUUAGUUUUUUUUAUUAUUUUUUUCUUAUAAUUUAUUAUCUGUGUAUUGUCUGACUGUUUUCUAACAAAAUUAGAAAAACACAAUUACAUAAAUUACAUACGUAUUUACUACAUAUUUGUAACUUAAAGAGUGUUUUGUCAAAUACAUGUUUUUAACAUCCUGUAAAACAA